CGAGUCGUCGAUUAAUCAUCCGCGCGAUAGCGAGUUCAAUGCCAAUAUAGCGCCGAUCGCUCCUCGAAUGUCUGCUCCUUUUCACGCUUGCUCGUUUGUCCGGCAACUCCUCGAAGGCCGAGCGCGCUGAAUACCGGCUACUACGACUGCUAGUGUACGGCGAAUAAGGCGCGCCCCGCGACACGUGCGCAGCCGCGCGCUAAUUAUAUGCCGAAUCGGAGGCUGGGCAGCAGCUCGAAAAAAGAAGCAGUCCGCGCCGAUUACCUAAUCCUCGAUCUUAUCGCAGGAGAUGGUCGAUGCAAAAAGUAGAGCGCGGCUCGAUCGGCCGAUCAUUAGCAUACUCGACUGGCAGCGCGGAAGUGUAAAAUUCAAAAUGUGCGACUGUGCUGUGCGGGAAAAAAAUGAGCGACGUCAGAGCUGCGUCGUUAAUUUUAAAACGAAUAAAGCCAAGAGCGCUCCGUCAGCAUCGUUUGCUACUGCUGUAGCUGGCUCUUUACGCGGCGCUUCGUGUGUGGCCGUGCGCGCUCGCGCCUCUAUAUAUAAGCGCGCUCCUCGGCAAGUCCCGCAGCUUGCACCCUCGACUUCUGCAGACAGCAGUGCUGCAGCCGAUACCAGCGCCCGCCGAUCGGCGGACAAAUAAUGGGAAAAAUGCGGCUCCUUUGCCAGGCGCUAAUAUUGAUUCAGCUGCCUCUGCAGGCGAUUCGCGCGGACAACCUGUUCUACGAGCCCGCCACGGGGACGGCGGAUGCGCUCAACGAGCCGAUCAACGAGCCGAUCAACGAGCCGAUCGACAGCCCCGACGCUUGCUGCGCCACACCCAUGGACAUGAUAAGUCAACAUAAAUAUCCCUCGGAGGCUCACACCGUCACGACAGAGGACGGGUACAUUUUGACGCUUUAUCGUAUUCCUGGAGCAGCUGGCUCCACGCCCGUCUAUCUACAACACGGACUGCUCGAGAGCUCUGCCGACUGGUUGAUUCCCGGGAAGGCAAAGUCCCUCGCAUUCAUCCUUUGGGACAGAGGCUACGACGUUUGGCUGGGAAAUGCCCGUGGCAACACUUACUCCAAAAAGCACAAAACAUUAUCCACCUCUGAUCCGCAAUUUUGGAACUUUAGGUAG